AUGACUCCCCGGACCUGUCCCCUCCCUGCAAGAAUAGGAAGGACCCGUCCCCAAACCUCUCCCUGCCCCGGCGCCAAACCAGACAGGGCUCACCGGACCUGUCCCCGCCUUGUCGCCAAAUCAGACAAGCGUCCCCGGACCUGGCUGAGGAGCGGCAAGGAGGUGAUGGCAGAGGCAGAAGAGAAAAGAGCCAAGGACGAGGCCAGGCAGGGGAGCGGGAGAGAGGUGAUGAAGGAGGCAGAGGAGAAGAGAGCCAAGGACGAGGCCAGGUUCGCCCAGCUGGAUCCGUCCGUCAGUGGCAGAGGGGCGCAGACAGUGUACCGUGACAAAGCAGGUGCGUGUGGGAGGGCAGUUAAGGGGGAGGUUGUGGCGGAUUGCGUGUGCGUGGCAGGCAAGCGAGUGAGCAAUCUGGAGGCCAUCAUGGCGGAGGAGAAGGCCAAGAAGAGCCGCGUGCUGCCGCCACCCGAGUGGGGCAAGGGUCUGGUGCAGAAGAGGGAGGCGGAGAGGCAGCAGGCUGACCUGGAUGCCGUGGCUGCACGCCCCUUCGCUGCCUACGAGAACGACGAGGAGCGUGAUCGCAUGCUCAAGAAUGUCGUGCGCUUCGGCGACCCCAUGGCACAUCUCGUCAAGGUGCGUGUUGGGAGCAACAUAUCAGCAGACGCCCUGUUAGAAGACCUGAGUCGUGACCCAGCCAUGCAGGCGUCGGGCUUCACGGUGCCACAGGCCAUCCCGCCCCACAGCUGGCUCAAGCGCCGUGUGUCCGCCCCGCACAACCGCUACGGCAUUCGCCCCGGCCGCCACUGGGAUGGCGUUGACCGCAGCAAUGGUGAGUGGGUACCGUUCCUUCCCCUUACCUCGUCCUCUCCAUAG